UGGCGGAUGGAAGUGACUAAUUUCUAGAGAUUCGAGCCAACUCUCUGGCGCAUAACUUCCAGAUUUAUGCGUUUCCUUUGAGUGCGCCUAUUCAAGAAGCGAAAUUUAGAUCAGAUCAUAUUCUCAGGAUAGUUUUCAGAACCUCCAAAAAUGGCCUCUACCUUGGAUAUUGAAAUAUUUAAGGUAAUCAAUGCUGGGAAUUUCUGGGCUCACCCUAUUGCUAGUCCUGGCAACGAAUGUCAAGACUUUAUGGGAAAACUGAAUGAUCACUUUAGAAAGGAUACAAGCUCACAAUCUGUUAAUCAUGUGGAGAAGGGUCAGAUUUGUGUGGUGAAGCGGACCUCAGAUAACUGCUGGUACAGGGCAAGAAUUCAAACAGUAUUACAGACAUUAAAUGGACCACAAGCAAGUGUUUUUCUUGUGGAUGUGGCAGAGAGUACCUUGGUUCCUUGUUGCAGGAUUAGGGAAAUGCCAGAGUUAUUUCACAAUAUCCCAUUUCAGGCUAUGGAGUGUUCAUUAGUUGGAGUCAAACCACUUGGUCUUGUUACAUCCUACUUUGACCUGACUACCUCUAAACAAGUUACUGAUCACUGGGAUGAAGCUGCCACAAACCUAUUUAAAACCCUCAUACAAGGAUGUAAGCUUCAAGUUACCAUCCAUAAACUAGAUGAGAAAGGAAAAUAUCAUGUGCUACUGCUAGCUGACUCAGGGUAUGCUCAGGUUUGUGUCAAUGAUGAAUUGGUUUUGAAUGGCUUUGCAACAAACUUCUCUGAGGAUUUCGAAAAUCCAGUAAUAAACACAACCAAAGCUGCAAAACUGAAAGCAAUGGGAGAAAAAUUCCAAAAGGAAGGUGAGGAAAUGUUGAAAAGUAUGAAGGAGUAUGUCAAACGUGGCAAGUUUAGCGGAAGCGAAGAAUCUUACAGCACUGAUGAAGAGUCUAUGAGCCACCAAAGCAAUAAUAGGUAUUUGGGGUUGAGGGAAUCCCCUUUGGAUGUUUUAAGACAACAGGUCUUAGGACAUGGAUCAUAUCAGGAAAACAAUGGCCCACUUCAAAAGCCUGCAGCUAGACUUCCUGAAGGUGCAUGCGAGGGCCUUUUAUCACGGAGACUCUCAUUAGAAAAGGAAUUCAGCCGUGAAAAGUCAGAAAAAGAACUAGCGUAUACAUCUAGGAAACCAGUAGCAUCAUCAAGUGAUGAGAAUUCAGGAAGAGUGCGAUUUCUUUCGUCUAGACUGCCAGCAACGGGUAGUGGCAUGAGGGGAGGUUUUCAUCCAAGUUUAUCAAAACCUCCAGAAGCCACACAUCUGAAGCCCAUUCUUAAAAAGAAGAGCGCCCACAGUGGUUCUUCUAGUGAGACAGAUGACUUUCGUCAGAGAAGAGUUGCAGACAGAGACGAUUCUGGUGUUUCCUGCAGCGAAGUACCUGGAUUGUCCUCUAAUGGUUCCAGUGGCGAAAUCUCUCCAAAAGAAAUAGAGGAAAAACAACAGCCACCUUCAAAUGGUUCAACAAGCGUAGAUACUUUGUUUAGCCAACACAACGUUAGAUUGCCUUUAGAAAAUUUUACUUCAUCUAGGAGAAUAGUUCAGGAAAAUGGGCCAAAGUCUAAAGCUAAUGCUGUGGCAAACAGAGACGAAGAAGAUCGUCAAAGGUUAUUAUCUUCAAUAAAGACUCUAAUAGAAACCCGUGAUAGAGACUGCAGUUCAACUUUAGAUCCCACGGAGGAUAUAGUGCAAACAUGUGAGCCUCUAGUGGCUAAAAGCACUCUAGAAGCUGUGCGUGGCUCUGAACAUUUUCCAUUACAAUCCUCAACAAGCUUACACAUGGUUGAAGGGAGAAAUUUAAGUGAAAAAUCUACACAAUUGUCUCAACUAUUGCAGACUUCUUCUGCUUCUUCUGGAAGGUCUCCUCUUCCUUCAGAAAUACUAUGGUCCACAGAGAAGUCAGCUUCACCUGAACAACGCACCACAAGUGGAAAAAAGUUAUCAUAUUCUGGUGGUGUUGUUGUUUGCGCAGAAGGUGCACCCGCUCCAAAGCCAGUUUUUACACCAGAGUUUUGUCCAUUUGCUCAUUACUUGCUUCGGCUCAGUAUUUCGAACCCUAGCUUGCUUCAGGCACAUGCCUGGCCAACACUCCUUAGAGGACGCGACCUUGUAGGCAUUUGCCAAGCAAAUGAUGCACAAAUACAAGCUUAUCUACUGCCGAUUAUCUACCAGUUAGUGGAGGAAAGGGAAGUUUACGCUGAUCUACCGAAGCUGUCCAGUGGGCCGCAGUUUCUCAUCCUUGCUCCAACUUGGGGAGCUGUUGUUGAUAUCCACAGGCAAUGCAGGCUCAUUCUAGCUAAAAACAAGAACAUUCGUGUGCAGCUGAUAUUUGCUGCCGGUGCCGAAGAUAAUCAGAUUAUUCCAUUAUUGAAUGGCUGUGAGAUCUUAAUUGCUACACCACCUUGCUUUCUUCGAAUGCUCAGGAAAUACUACAUUUCCCUAGAUCGACUUUGCCAUUUGGUAUUUCAUGAUGCUGACAUAAUGGUAGAGGAGUUCACAUCUGAGAUCAAAUGCAUCAUGAGACACUACGCCAAGCUAUUGCAAUCCCAGCCUUGUCUCUCAGCACCUCGCCAGGGAGUUGUCAUGGCGUCGUCUUGGAGUGCGGGUGUAGCGUCUUUGGUGAAGGCGUACUUGGGGAAUCCUGUGGUGAUAAUUCCUGACAUGAUUGAAGCAGCUAUCUACAGGGGUGUGCAACAAAUUGUAACAUUUUGCUCCGAGAGCCAGAGGGAUGUAGAACUUCUUGGUUACCUGGAAUCGUUUAUUAGCACAAAAGACAUCUGUGUUUUCACAUCUACGGCAGCGGAAGCAGAGGAUGUAGGACAAAUCCUGAAUGCAAACUGCUACUUUGCUCUCGUGGCACACAAUUUUCUACCACCUCAUGAACUUGACAGUAUUCAGAGACAAUGGAACACCCCUCAUACCACUGAUACUAUGCCUGUUCUAGUUAUAGCUGAAGACGUUAUUGGUCAGUUAAACAUCACAAAUGCCUCAUGUGUUAUACACUUCAACUUUCCUGGUUCAAAGAUGCGAUUCAGCAAAAGACUCGCCACUCUAGCAGGGACGUUCACAUCAUCUGACGAGCAUGGCUGCGUUUCUGUUAUAUUUGUGACUGAUGGCCGAAAUAUGUAUCACACGCCUUCCAUACGUCAGCUUGUGCAGAGGUCUGGUCAAGAAGUUCCACAACUACUGGAUGCAAUGGCUGACCUUGCUGAACAGGAGAAAGAGAAGGUUAAGGACCUAUGUUACUCUCUGAAAGCUUUUGGAACUUGCAGAUACAAACGGGGAAUAAGGAACUGUUUGAAGAGACACUCUGUGUUGGCAGAGUUGGAUAAACCAGCAAAAGGAAUUCCUACUUCUGGCAUAGUUAAAGUUCUGAUCAUGAGUGUAAUGGAUGCAACAUGUUACUGGGUGCGAAUCCUUGGACACAAAGCCACAGAUGCAAACCAGCGGAACAGUCAAACUGCGGACAGUACAGAGUUCCUUGAAUUAACAAUGGCAGUCAGUCGAUGGUAUGCAGAUCCAAAUCAUCGGGUUAAGCAAGAGUUGGUUUCUGUUGGUGACUUGUGUGCUGUGAAGCUAAACAACAGCAGUUCUUACAAUAGGGUGAAAGUGUGCUUUGUUACUAAGGAAGAUCACAGUAAAAAGCCAGUGGAAGUGCGGGUUCAAUAUGUCGACAGAGGAAAUUUUGAAUGCGUUCAUGUGGACAGACUUCUUCAGUUGCCUCCCCAGUUUCGCUCCUGUCCCUUUCAGGCAGUUGAAGUGUUCGUGUGCAGACUACAACCUUUGGAUAAAGAUACUGACUGGACUGACGAGACGGCAGCCUAUGUCACACGCCUUAUUGAAGGCAAGGAAAUGGAAGGAAAAGUUGUCUUGAGCCUCGGCAACACGAUGUGGCUGGAUCCUUUGGUCGAAAGGAAAUAUUUGCCCAACAUCAAUGUAACCACCAAUGCGUUGAAUGUUAGGAUGGAAUUGUUGAGGGAAAAACGUGCAGCUGAAAACAAACAGCACGUGCGCUUGCUGAGAAACCUUUGUGAGGGUGUCAUUGAUUUACAGCCCCUGGAAGGAGGACAAACUGGCCUUUCGGAUGUCUGUGAGCAGCCUACUGCUCUAGAAACAAUUGUGCUGCCCGAGGAAGGAUUCCACUCUGUGUAUGUGUCUGCUGUGGAAAAUCCAGGACUCUUUUUCGUACAGCUGAAGUCUUCAGAAGAAAGCUUAGAGGACCUGAAGCAAAAGAUUAACUCUGGAGUUAGCAAAGUUGAAUCGGAGGAGAACGAGAUUUCAAUUGGUUCGCUCUGUGUUGCAAAGUUUUCUGAGGAUAACCUUUGGUACCGAGCGCGUGUCCUGGGCAGUAGGCCAGAUAAAGAGUAUGAUGUAUUUUAUGUGGACUUUGGUGACAGAGAGUGGGUAACAGCGGACAGGAUUGUUCCAGCUUGGAAUGGUAUCCUUCAGUUACCCCUCCAAGCCGUCGAGUGCGCGCUUGUAAAUGUCGACCCUCUUGAGAAAGAGUGGAGCGAAGAGAGUAGUGACGCAUUCUGGGAAAUGGUGACUGAUCAGUUAUUGUUCGCUAAGGUGAAAUCUAAGAGUGCAUCUCUGGUGGCUGGAAGCCACAGAUUUGCCAUUGAACUCUAUAACACUAACACAGAACAUGACGUCAUCAUUAGCCACGAGAUGGUUGCAACAAAGCAUGCGCAGACUUCAGCUGAAGGAAUUAAGAUUUUAUUCCCGCAAUCUGCUACAUCUAUUGAGCAACACGAUUACAAAUUUUCACACCAAAGGAUACCAGAUAUGUGCUUACAAGCCCAUCAAUGUUCGGAUCAAGCAAAGAAAGCAGAAAUUGUUAAGGAAGUGCAGAGUAUUGUCCUGAACAGCGAGAAAUCAAAGGAUGAUAUAAGGGACUGUGGCGGUGUUCAGGCGCUUUGUCGCCUGCUGAGUCUUAGCAGAGAUCCACUGGUUCUUCAGCAUGUACUUGCAAGUCUUGCAUCUCUUUCAUUUGACAAUGCAAGUAACUGCGACGAAGUAACAAGCCAAGGUGGACUUCAAACGAUGUGCUCUUUGUUAGGAAAGACGAAAAACAGCGCAGUUCAGGAAAGCAUAGCUUGGGCUUUGAAGAAUCUGGCUGCCACAGAAAGAAAUCAAAAUGAGGCAAGAACUCGAGGAGGGCUCCGGGCUUUGUGUGAACUUUUGAGGACCACCAUGGAUGACAAAGUCCUAGAGAGAGUGACGUGGGCUAUUGGAUCUCUUGUCGAUAACAACACCAGAAACUGUCAAGCCGUACAAGAUUGUGGUGGCCUGAAAACCAUGUGUGAAUUGGUGUCACUGGCUUACAGCGAAAAUGUUCUAGAGCGUACAAUUUGGGCGCUAGGAAACUUAGCUAUCGACAUGAAGAAUCGCAAUUUUAUUCGACAAUAUGGAGGCCUUGAGAACAUUUGCAAAAAGCUGCAAGAAUUACCCUCCCAACAGAUCAUAAAGCAAGGUGCCAUGACGCUAAAGACCUUGGCGAGUAGUAAUCACCACAAUAAGGACGUUAUGGUCAGAUUGGGAAUGAUUAGCAGCCUUCGAAGUUUAAUGACAAAUGAGCAGCAAGGUUUAGGUAUCAUCCCUCGCCGUGUGUGUGGCGAUUUGCUACAGCGUCUUCUUGGCUCAGCUGCUGGAAACAUACAUACAAGCUCAACCGCUACGGCGCCGGACAAUAGUACCCAAGAAUGCUCGAUCACAUCUGGCGUUGUCAUAAAGCAAGAGCCUGAGACGAGAGCAGUCAAUGGUCUGAUGCAGAAUGGUGAUGUUGACAGUGAAGAAGACGAUGACCUACCCCCUCUCGGUGGGGAGGACAGUGACGAGAAAAAUGAGAGGUUUCCGUCUGCGAUAAUUACACCACCCCCAAAUACUUCUGAGAACCUCUACCCGAGGGAAAUUUUCCCCAUGUCGGAGACGCAGAGAAGUGCUGUUGCUAGUUCUACUGUAAGCAUCAGAAAUCACGCAAUACGUCGUGUGGAAGAGAAUGAUGUAGUUCCAUAUAGCGUGCAUCCGAAAACAGUGUGGUCACAAACACGAGAACUGGUACGAGUUUGUGUGAAGCUGCGCGGAGUGGAGAGACAGCAGACCGAGAUAACUGCGAGCAGGCUCAAGUUUAGUACACAGUUAAUACACGUAGUCUAUGAACUGGACAUGGAGCUGUCAGAGGAGAUUGAUCCUGAGCAAAGUAAGGUAAUUGUCAAGGGCUCAGAGGUGCAAAUUUUACUCAAGAAAAGAAACCAUGCGGUAUGGAAGUGGUUGUUGAAGAGCAAAGAAAAGUUGCCUUACGUCUCCGUAGACUUUGAUCGUUGGGAGGUAUGGUCGUCGUCGUCGGAGGACGAAGCCGACGAUGAUGCGAAUCUACCAACAGUGCCGACGAACCCGAACAAUUCCCAUCACACCUCCGGAGAUAAUGAAGGGAGGAAGGUGAUAUUAUUGCCUGAAAUGCUUGUCAGUGAUUCGGAGUCCAACAGUGAUGAAACCCUACCGUCUGAUGUGGAUUGCUUAAAAUUUUAUUAACCAAAACACUGAGGGAAAAAAAAAAGGGUGAUCGUCAAAAUUUAACAAUUUUUGGACAAGUGGUCAGUGCUUCAUGCUCUCAAGAAAUGGAUCAACCAAGAACAUCUCAAGACUAAUCUCUGUCAGUUCGAAAGGGGGAAAUAAUUUCUACGUUGGGAUCGAGAUGUGAGGUACGAGAGCAUUCAAAGCUGUAAGGGUAUCACCCUACUCUUUCUAUAGUAACUGGAGCAAUACUUUAACGUCAUUCGAAAGAUUCAUGAUACCGAAGUAACACCUUGCAAUUGUGGUGCAUUAUUCAAAGUCAUGUUAAACUAUAUCGAUGAUGCAUCAAUCACAACUAAGGACGCUCACCAAACUUUCAGCCAUUUUAUUUGGUAACUUUGUACUGAUCGAGGCUAACUAUUUUAAAUUUUAAAGUUUAGUUACCAACCUAUCGUACACUCCUAAAUCAGUCAGCGUUAUUGUGCUUCUUCUCCUUCCUGCGGAUUGUUUGUCGUUACUUUCUCUUUUAAUUGUUUAGGAUUAGAUAUGUUAUGUUAAAGAAAGUCAAGUUAAAAAUUGAAAUUGAUCUAUUGAUCGAAGUGGAAGUGUUAUUUAGAUGACAUUAUUUGCAGUAAUUUAACAAAAUUUUAGCUAUGCUAUUGCCUUGUUUAGCAGUGCAGUAUGUUUGACUGUCGUGGAACUUAAACCAAAGUAGUCUCAACGGCUUAUCAGAACGAAUGAAGAAGCCAAAGUGUCAAUGAGAAGUUAAAGCGGAUAUGUUUAUGCAAACUUAAGUGCAUGCCCGGACAAACGCGGCAUGAAGGAGUCGCACGAGUUAUAAUUUCAAUCAAUCGGUCUUAGGUUCCAUGCUGUUGAUUAUAGAGAUUCUCGCGCUCUUAUUAGUCGAAGUUUCCGUUAUAUCUCGCUAUAAUCGCCUCGCGGAGGUGAUCAUAGCAAGGGAGCUAAAUUUCCAAAUUGCUGCUCUGCGUUUAGUCAACGUUACCGCGGAAGUGACGAACGCGAUAGUUGAAAAUUCAAUGGAAGAUAUUAGAUCUGAGCCCGCGUAAUAGCCCUUUUGUUUAA